GAGUAAGAAAACUUAAAAGUUCUACAAUUGAAACGACACAGUGUAUAAAAAAUAUGCUUGCAUGGGUACAUCCCAUAAGUGAUGGUCACGCUUGUCAAUGAGAAACAACUUGCAACAACGUAAAAUAAAACAAACAUGAUCAUUUGGAGUGGCGCGUGUGAGCCACGCAACACUCCAAUUUGUGUGAAAAAGGCAUCGUUGAGAUCACCCCAAACAACAGUCCUUGCUUCAAAUGCAACAAAUUUGGGAGCAAUUCCACUUCAACAUUAACAUCAACAACACAAUACUAAUCAUAAUCAAUCUCCCAUUAAUAACAAUUGAAAAAAACGACUAUGGGAAGUGCCAAUGUUGCAUCAACACUUGUCUACAUGGCAGAGAGGUGCACUUCCAUGCGAUACCUCAAGCUCAUCCACGCUCACGCCUACCGCACGUGCCUCCACCAACACACGGUUGUUCUUGGUAAGCUCUUCCGCUUCGUCGCCGUGUCUCCAUUCGGUGAUUUAUCCUACGCCCACAACAUGUUCGACCAAAUGCCCCAUCCAUCCACCUUCUUCUACAACAUCCUUAUCCGAGCCCAUUCUCACUCCACUACCCCAUCCUUCUCCACCCUCUUCUUCAACCGCAUGAGGCAAAAUGGUGUUGCCCCAGAUGAAUUUUCCUUCACCUUCUUGCUCAAGUCACGCUCUUUCACUACCCCUUUCGUCUACGACACACACGGAGCCGUUUUCAAGUUUGGUUUUUCCCGCCACUUGCACGUUCAGAACACGUUGAUACACUUGUAUGCCGUUGGAGGAGUGACCCUUUCGGCUGGUAGGGUUUUUGAGGAUGCACUUAAAGUUGGUUUGGAUGUCGAUGUUGUGUCUUGGUCCGGGUUGCUUGUUGCACACGUACGAGCUGGUGAAUUGGAUGUUGCACGGAAAAUAUUUGAUGAAAUGCCUCUGAGAGAUGUGGUUUCAUGGACUACCAUGUUGUCGGGUUAUUCGCAGGCUAAGCGGCCCCGUGAGGCGUUGGCAUUGUUUCAGGAGAUGAGGUUUGCCGGAGUGUGGCCAGAUGAGGUUACUGUGUUGAGUGUGAUUACCGCUUGCGCGGAAUUAGGUGACGGGGAAAUGGGUAGGAUGGUGCAUCGGUUUGUUGAUGAGAAUGGGUUUGGAUGGAUGGUUGCACUCUGCAAUGCUCUCAUUGAUAUGUAUGGGAAGUGUGGAUGCUUGGAGGAGGCGUGGUGCGUGUUUCAUAGGAUGAAGAGGAAGAGCUUGAUCACGUGGAACGCAAUGAUGAUGGUGUGUGCAAAUCACGGGAACGCUGAUGAUGCAUUCAGAUUGUUUGAAUGGAUGAUUGAUUCUAGGGUUGUGCCUGAUGGGGUGACAGUGCUGGCACUUCUUGUUGCGUAUGCUCAUAAGGGGUUGAUUGACGAAGGAAUCAGAUUGUUUGAGAGCAUGCAGAGGGACUAUGGUGUGGAACCUAGAAUUGAGCAUUAUGGUGCUGUGGUGGAUAUGUUAGGACGUUCGGGUAGAUUACAGGAGGCACAUGAUCUGCUUACAAGCAUGCCAAUUCCAAGCAAUGAUGUUAUUUGGGGAGCAUUACUUGGAGCCUGCAGGAUUUAUGGUGAUGUUGACAUGGGGGAAAAGGUUAUAAAGAAGUUGUUGGAGUUGAAACCAAAUGAAGGGGGAUACUAUAUACUCCUCCGUGAUAUCUAUGUCGCUGCAGGCAGGACUGUAGAAGCCAAUGAGAUGAGGCAAGCCAUGUUAGCUAGUGGAGCAAGGAAAACUCCUGGCUAUAGUUGGGUGGAAGCAUGAACUUUAGGUGUGCCUACACAUCAAUGAUUAUGCUAGGCAAUAUGAUGCCUCAGUGCAGGGUGUGCACUUAUGCAGUAUAGGUGUCUGCAAGGAAUCUUUUACAUCUCUGAUUUUGUCACUAUAUUGUUGAUACAAAGAAGAAAACCAUGGAGCAGUUUGUUUGGAAUCAUUGUUAGAUCGCUUUAAUAACUUAUAUUGUCAGACUUUGUCUAGUGACUACAGAUGGGUUGUCGGUUGACAAGCUUGCAAAAUCACGGUGCUGAUCGAUGUGUCAGGAAAUCUGUUCCAUCUCAACUGUUGAAUUUUCCUCUUCCCUCUAAGUGGAAAUGCAACCUCUGAAUAGUUCUGGUCUUGACAAUCAAGGUCAGAAGGGUUUCUUUUCAAAUGACUUUUCUGGACUGCAUAAUCUUCAGGUGUGCCAGCUGCACUACAUGGAUUAUCUGAUUGUUGUAUUAUACGAAUUCCCUUUUACGCGCUAUUUUGCUUCUUGGUACUUACACACCAAAGCCAUCUAUAUUUUUGUGAUGGUUUUGUGUACAUUCCUUUAUAUGUGUUAAUUCAUGAAAUUUUCUUUGAUGAUUAAUUGAUUAUUUAAAGAGUGCGGAAUAGCAAGGCAUUCAAUAUCACUAUUUCGUUAUUAUUUUUUUUAUUCUGUAGGAUAUUAUUUUCUUUCAGGCUGUUUAUUACACAGCUAUACUGAUGUCUGGUGAGCUAAGCUUUCACAAUUGUAUUUGACCUUGGAUUUUUGUACUUGAACCUAAAUAUAUAAAAUUACCUUAUCUGAGCUUGAGUUAA